GAGUCAAUCGAAAAGUGUUACUGAAAAUGUUCCGUUUGGUUGUUGCGUUGUCCGCGAUAAGCUCAGCUUUGAGCCACACUUUUCCUAAAUUAGCGGACGAAUCCUGGCAAGAAGCGCAAAUGUCUGAAGUCGCCAACGAAAGUAAGGAUCAGCCGGAAGAUUUGUCGAAAUUGCUAAAGAUGGCGCCCGGUUACGAUGAUGAGGACACUUCUUUGGGUGAAUAUGAGGAUAGAUUGUCCAAAAUCGACAAGGAGUUAUCGAAUCCCGUUGACGCGGAAAGUUUUUUGUCGACGUUGCUUGAAAACUACAAACCCGGCUUGUACAAGCAAAGAAUGGCGGAGAUGCGAACAAAUCUUUCCAAUAUCGUCCUAGCGCUAUACCCAAUUAUAAAAGCUCUGAUUCAGGGUAAACAAUCAGGAUGUUUUACGGAAGAUACGAUUUGGGGUAUAGAUCUAACUUUGGAAAAUAUGCUUACUACACUGGCUGAACUGGCAACUGAUGCCCACUUCGCGGAAUUGGGACAUUGGGAUCAGCCAAAAUAAGGUUCCGCACAUUCCGAAACUGUUCUGGCACAACCAACCAUGGUAUGAGGAAGUAUCUAAACCAGAACGUUGAAUAAAAUUUCUUAAAUGGUGGACAAAUUAAAACAUUUAGAGUUUUACCAGACGUACUACUUUAAUAGGAAUAUGUCCUACUUUUUGAAAUUUGAA